AUGCCGGUUCCUGAAGUCGAAGAAUCGCUGUUUUCGUUGGAAUUGGUUAUUGACAAAAUCUACAUCCCUCACGUCGUGUGUCGGUUUCCAGCCGUAGCCUUCAGACUUUUGGAUUUUCCAACAAUUUUAAUCAACCAUGUUGAUCAAGAACUUGGCGACAGAAUCAAAACCAAGAUUUCAAGGGACUCUCAUUACACCCCGCCUGAUCAGUUCAGUGAACUGCAGGACAACCAUGGCAACUAUAUGGUUAAAAAAGGGAAAUCUUGUCUUUUUAAAACUAGUGUAGACUCUCUUAAAACUCAUUUAUCCAACACGCCUCUGUAUGUGAUGGCUCUGGACAUGUUUCCGGACACUCCAAAGCUAAUCGGAAAUAGCAGUGUUCCUCUUGACAGCCUAAUGAAACAAAUUUGUGUGGACAUUGCUAAAAAAGGAUUGACGGUGCCUUCUGUUCAUGGUGAUAAAGGUCUUUUUAAAAUCUACAACUUGAUGGGAAAAGAAAUUGGUUACAUUGUUCUUGGGUUUCGAUUAUUGUGCCUUGGUCCAAGCAUGGCGGGUCACAUUCCUAGCAAAGCUGCAACAACCAAUAAACUUGUGACUCAGGUUGAAAAAGAGAAUUGUCAAAAUGAGGUCAAUGUGAUAAACGUUCAACCAAGCAUUGACAGUAAACAAGUGGCUAAUUUCAGUAUGAAAGCUAAUAAACCACCAGGAAAAGAACAAAACUUGCGACAUUCUCAAGAAAUGGGGUCGAUGACAGACGCUAUGACAAAUGAUGUCUUGCUGCAGACGGUGCCGACCGAAGAGAAAGCAGUUCAUGUUGUCAUUUCAGAGCCAGAGAAACCCAAGAUUCCUCAAUCCAACAUUUCCACUCAGACUGAGAAAAAAAGGAGGAAAAAUCAACACAUUUUACAAAAAGAUGUCGAUAUUUCACUAGAGGAUGACGGAGCUAAUUUUCUUGAUGAGCCAAAUAUUUUCUGCCCACCUCCAUUAUUUUAUAAUAAAUAUGCAGAACCAAAGAUACAAAUGGAGCGCCCCGUUUAUUACACAGACGAAGAAAGUUUGGACGAUUUAAGCGAAACAGGGAGUGUAUGUAAUAAAAUUUCCAAAGUUCAUGAUCCUAAGAAACUGGAACAAAGUCUUACACCAAGAAGAUCUAAUAUAAAAGUGCCUUCAACUGUCCAAAAUACUCGGAAAUCCCAACAAAAUAAAACUGCCAACACUCAAGGCCCUGUGGUUCAAAACAAUCCUAUGUUUCCAAUUCUUACUGCCUUAUUAAAUGAACUUGUUGGUAUUCAGGGUUCACAGGGCCUUGAAAACGUCAUCCAAAGAGUUGGGCACGUGACUUCUGGAGGACAUUCUCCACGACAGCUAACUCAACAGAAGGUUAGAGAUGCUCUAACAGUUAAUGUGGCACGACCAACUCUCAGUUCUCAAAGUAAGAAGAGUUUGAAGAAGGAAGAUGAUGUCAACAUUUCGGCCAAAAAUAGAAGCUGGAUUAGGAAAACUCCACAGUCCGUACCGAAAACUGGAAAACUCACGUACAGAUUAACCAAAACUCAAAAAUUGAGGAUUGCCAAGAGUAAUCCAAAAUGGCUGCAGGAGAAAGAAAAAAUUGAUGAAGACCAGAAACCAAAACCACCAUUAGCCGUAGUCUCAGAAGAGGACCUCAGCGUCACUAACUUUUCAGAUACCCUGACUGAGGUACGAAGACUUGCGCAAAAGGAACUAGACAACGAAACGUUGGACUCUGUCCAAGACCUUGGAUCCUCCAUGAGAAGCUCUCAUCCCAGUCCGAAACAUAAGAGAAAGCAUCUUCACAAGAAGAAGUCCAAAAGUCAGCAAAGUCCUUCCAGAGUCCAGCAGUUCAAGCCGUUUGAUCCACCAGUGCCCAUGUCAUCACAGAUACAGGUUAAAACAUCAAUGUCUGCAUUCGAUGUAAGCUCUUCUUCGCCCAAAAAGGAUACCCAAGCCAAGGGUUCCUCACUGAAAACCGUCCAAAGUUCUCCUAUGAUUAUUGAACACGACGAGUCCCAUCCUCGGCAAGAAGCAAUGGAACCAGAUCUGCGGAGAUUUGUCUCGGAAUCGGGCAGUGACGAGUCUGUGGAUCGAUCCAAAGGCCACGUCGGUGUGGAGGUCCACCUACCAAAAGCUCCACCCGAAGAAGACAGCGGUGAUGACAUUUCUUUGCCAGAUAACGAUGAAAAAGGAAGAAAAAUGUCCACAGGAUUGAUCGAGAAAAGCACAUCGUUCCGUGAAUCCAUUUUGGGAAGAUCGCAUGAUUCUCUUGAUGUGAACGAUGAUCCAGGACCUCUCGAAUCCACACGAACAUCUCAGUCGUAUCAAACCAAUUUCACUGAUUCUCCUAGGAAGCUUAGGAAUGAUCCAAAAGAAGUCACCGAUUCGAAGGUCUACCAGUCCACUACAGAUAACGAUACUCGACAGUUCAUGUCCACAGAAGAACCAGAACUUCAAGAAUUGGUGAGCGGUGGAGAAUCCGAGUCUGCAGAAUCACCACGAUAUGUACCAACGUUUGCUGACACCAGCAGUAAACCAAGCGUAAUACGAUCGUCUAUGAAAUUCCCAGUGCUGAAUCCAAUUUCAUCAGAGCAGUCGCCGAUUCCAGCCACUAGAAAAUCCACCGUCAAACCAGAAGGUCGACCGUCGAAAACGUCUGAGAACGCGUCUUCUGCCGGCAGCUCUAUUGUUCCUACACCAAGAGCUCGACGUUUUCCCCGCGUACGAGAGAGCAUUCAUACUGAAUCGGUGAGCUCGUAUAUGCCAUCUGAAGACGGAGUGGUCACUUUGGACAGUGAUGCUAACUACUCCGAUGAUUUUCAAAACACCGGAAGUAUCGGCAGUGUUUCUGACCUCUCUCCGUCGCCGGACAUGUUUCCCAGGAGAAUUCCGUCCACUAAAUUAGGUUAUACCAUAUCGUAA